CAAACUAGGAAAAUGUGAAUUCAAAAGAUUAAAUAGAAAAACUUAGGUGAACACGGAAUACUGUAAAUGAACUCAUGAAUCAUAACUUAAUCCAGCAACCUGCUACAAUACUCGGAUUGGAUCUUGGCAACACCCUUUUAGCGGAGUCAUGUUUUGGACUGCUUAUUUCUUCUUUAUGGGAGGAAUCACAUGUUUUGAGUUGCACAAAAUGGAUGUAGGUGGUGAAUACAUCAGCAACAAACAACCUCUUAGUUUAUAAUGACUGAUAACGUACUGAGAUUGGUAUAUCAGUUGGUCGGUCGGUCGGUUGUAAACUCUGCUGAAAUGAAAGAAAAUUGAACAAAUUCAACACUAUCCCCAAACAUAACAAUAUAAACACAUCUUUUUAUGCCAAAUCAGAGAGAAAAACUGCUGCCAUCACCACUCACCACUUUCCUGAAGCAGAAGUAAAAGGGAAACUCAUGGGCAGCUCUCUUUCACUUCUGCUUUCUCCCGCUCUCACGAAACACAAUAGAAGCUGCUGCAAAGUAGAAAGCCACCAAUGGAGGCGGCAGAAUUUCGCACUCUGUCCAAUAGUGUGAAUAAUGAGGAAGGAGAAGACCGUGGCUCCACGGUGAAUAUGGCUGUAAACAUCUGUUUACGUCCUGAAUUGAUCAAAGACUCCAGCCUCAGGGACUGGAAGGUGAUCGGCUCUGGAGGGUUCGGACAAAUCUACAAAGCCAGGCAUCAUCACUGGUGCUACGAUGUGGCCAUUAAGCUGCUUCACUAUAACAACGGGAACAGUGCAUCUCUGCUGCGUGAGGCUGCGAUGAUGCAUCAAGGGAGCAGCGAGUACGUCAUGCAGGUCCUCGGGGUCUUCCAGGGUCGAGUGCCGAACUCUGGUCCUUCAGAGCAGCUGGGUCUGGUCAUGAAGUUCAUGGAGAAAGGAUCUCUGACCUCCCUGCAGGAAACCUUACUUGGACCUCCACCGUUGCCAUUGAUCUUCAGACUGGCUUAUCAAGUGGCUGUGGGUAUAAACUUCCUCCACAGAUGCUCACCUGCCCUGCUCCACCUGGACCUGAAGCCCAGCAACGUACUGCUGGACUCCGAUCUCAAUGUCAAGCUGACCGAUUUUGGCCUUGCCAAGAUUUACCACAGUGUCACUCGAGCCUCCAAAAAGGACAGUGAUGAUGAAGGAGGGACGAUCAGCUACAUGCCACCGGAGGCCUUCGAACUAGAGUACGCUCCCACACGAGCCUCAGAUAUCUACAGCUAUGGCAUUCUCCUGUGGUCCAUAGUGACCGGGAAACAACCGUAUGCAAAUGCAAAGUCCUGCAUUGUGCGUUUACGGAUCCCGGAGGGGGAUCGUCCGUCGCUGGUGGAGUUCAAGAACGAGGCUGAGGGGCACGGCGAUUUGCUGAACCUCAUGGAUCUCAUGACUAGAUGCUGGGAAGCGAAACCUGGCCAAAGACCCAGCUCAUUUGAUUGUGCCACUGCUACCGAAAUACUGUACAUGAGACACAGAGACGCCGUCGUCGAUGCCGUCCAUCUGGUACAAAAAAAACUGAAGCAAAAAGAAGAAGAAAGAACAAUAGAGCAGCUCCAGGGGGUUCAUAUCACUCCCUUGUCAGCAUGUGCCUCGGUUCGAGGAGUGAACAUUUGUGACAACGUGCCGACAGGACGUCCGCCUGUUCAGGAAGCUGGCAGUGGGACCGCAGCGAGUGAACACAAAGACCCGAUAACACCUCCACAGAGAAAUUCAUCCUCAGAGCACUGUAGAAUUAUACCAUCCUCUGUUUAUCCCAUCGGUGCAUCACCACUGCCUUCAUACACCAGGAAGUCAUCUCAAGGCAGAGCACCAAAGAUGGAUAAAGACAAAGUCUUUCACGAGUACCAGCGUCAGAGUUCCAGCCCCGUCACUUGUUCCAACAACCCUCCUGACUCGAGGAAAGUCUGCAUCCACAGCAGCCAUGUGACCGGUGUCCAGAUCGGGAACCACAGCACCAUGAACAUCACAUACACCUCCGAGAGGAGACGUCACCCAACAGCACCGCCUAGUGUCAGCCUCCCACGCUCAGGAAGUUUCAAGAAAAAGACAGGAGGAGUCGGCUAAGUUCAACCGGUUCACGUCAAACUUCUCAGAUUUCGUCAUGUUUCUUGUGAUCUUGCAAAACAAAGGGUUUAUGUUCUCUAUGAAAAAAAUAAUAAUACAUACUUUAGGAUUCAGAGGUUUCAGUUGCAUGCAUCCUUGAAACAUGUUUUUGUCAUUCUUUGAAUUAUUUUAUAUAUAUAUAUAUAUAUAUAUAGAUAUAUAUCUAUAUAUUUUUUUUUUUUUAACAUUAUUUAUUCAGUUUCAUUUGUUUGUCCUUUCUUUAAUAAGAAAAAAGCCCCUCAUACGUCUUGUUUGCGGUCAUGUGUUUUUUUGGUUAUUCAAACGGCAAAUAUUCCCAGGGUCAGUGCCAGGGUAAAGCAAACAUCGGCUUGACAACAGACGGACCGUGAAUCAAAAGUGAUCGCAAUCAAGUCCGACCUGUUUCCAAGCACAGCAUUUCUUUUAAAUGUACAGAUCGAUAGAUACUUCGAAACCCUUCUAGGUAUUUGAGAUGAAAGCUGUAAUCUCCACCUCUUUACGUCGCUGAGGUGAAAACGACAAACAAACACAUUGUUUUUUAACUUGUCAACGUUCAUCUGCAAUGAAAUAAUGAACUGGAUCAUCAAACUAUAAUGUCGUUAUAUUUUCUACAGGUGUUUUUGAAAAGGGAAAAUGUUUUUCUACUUGGAUUGAUUUAUAUUUGUGUCUUUUAGUGGGAAAAUCUUGAAAAGAAGGUGCUCAAAUUUUGAAAUCCUUUUUACUUGUAUUGUAUAUAUACAGUAUAUAUUUUUUUUCUUAAAUCGAAUGUCAAUUUUCAAUUUAUUUUUAGAUACAAGAUUGACUUUUAACAGGUUUGUGGUUGGAAGAAAGGGAUAAUACGUUGGAUUUGAACUAGAACCAUGAUGUACUGUAGCUUCAAUGAAGUUUCAAUUACACACGAAAAAAGCUUUAUCUUCAAAGAAAAACUUGAAUGAGAAAUACACAAUGAAGGUACUUCAGUGGAAAUCAAGGGAAACAUUAAGAGCCACGCGAUUGUAUGUACAGUUUACUAUGAUUCUGAUAAUAAAUUUUGCAUUCAAAACCCAAAUUA